AUGCGACGUCAAUCCACCGUUACAAAGCACAACAUUGUUGUUCUAGACGAUUGCUUUGCACCUUGUGCGCAAUUUGACUUUGACUACGUCAUCACAUACUACUCCUCGACCGAACCUCACCAACUCCCUGCCCGCAUCGAGGAUGCCACGAUUGUCAUCGUCACCGACACCCGGGUCACUCGUGAGGGCAUACUUGGCGCUCAAAGGCUUCAACUUGUGGCCGCCAACGGCACGGGGACUGAUAGAAUAGACAAGACGGCGCUUCGCGAGCUCGGAAUCGGACUCUGCAAUCUUCCCGCGCAAACCACCGAGUCCGUGGCUGAACACGCCUUGGCGCUGUACUAUGGACUGAGGAGAAACCUGCUGGAGAUGCACGCGAUAACCAUGGCAGGUAAAGCGUGGGCAACAUGUGGCAACACACAGAUUAGAUUUCAGCGCAGUACACCGCCACCUCGAACCAACGCCGAGGAGACAAUGGUCGUCUUGGGGUAUGGGACGUUGGGCAAGAAAAUAGAGUCAUUAGGAAAGGCAUUGGGGAUGAAUGUUGUCAUCGCCGAACGCAAAGGCGCCCAAGAAACCCGUCCUGGUCGUUUGCCGUUUCCUCAGUGCCUCAAGCUCGGCACCAUAUUCGUCAUCGCCGCACCUCUGAAUGAAACCACUCAGGGCAUGAUAGGCACCUCUGAGCUUGCCGCCAUGGAUCCGACGUCGCUAGUCAUCAACAUCGGUCGCGGGGGCAUUAUUGAUGAGCUGGCUCUCGCCCACUCGCUCCGGAAGGGCCAGAUUGGCGGUGCGGCGACCGAUGUCUACGAAAUCGAACCGGCGACCACGGCCAAUUCGCCUCUGCUUGACCCGACGAUUCCAAAUCUGCUCCUUUCGCCGCAUACGGCAUGGUACUCGAAACGGUCAAUCGAUAAUGUGCUUCUCGCGCAGAAAUUGAACCUCGAAGCUUUUGUCGCUGGAAAUAUGACUAAUGUUGUGAUAGCACCGAGAUGA